AUGGCGGGACUCACGGACGAACAACGAAAGCGCAUAGACGAAAACCGGCGGAAGGCGCUCGAAAGGCUCCAGCAGCGAAAAGCGGGCACCUUGGGGGCCCGGGGAUCUCCCGCGCCAAGUGCCAAGACCAGCUCCAUGUCUAAUUCGGCACAACACAAUUCAUCGAGCGGCGCUCAGGACGCCAUGUCUAGAAGUGGGCAAGACGCCAUAGUUGGUAGUGGGCAACAGGCCAUAGCGAGAGGGGCACACGACGCCAUGCAGGCCGCCACAGGCCCCGGCCAGCAACACGUAAGUAUUCCCGAGCUCCCGAGGGUGGAGCUCACGCGGGAACAAAAGGCGCGGAUCGAGCAGAACCGAGAACGGGCGUUACAGAUCCAGAAGGAACAGCUGCGGACGUUGCGCGACGCGUCCGGCCCAUUGGGGCCCGUGGCCGUGGUCACGCAGCAGGACCGCAAGCGGCUCAAGCCCGAGUUCAACCCGCCGGCGAUCCAGAAAAAGGACUACAUCGAGUACGACUUCGCCACCAUGAAGGACAGCCGCGGCGGGUUCUUGGACGAGAGCCAGAAGCACGGGCUUAAAGGCCCUGACGAGGAGCCGCAGAGCUUGAAGGACUGGAAGGAGAAACAGAAGCAGGACCUCGCCGUCAAGGACUUGGCGCCGCCGCUCGACUUGUCGUCUGCGCCGCGGUGCGUCGAGUGCGAGUCCUUGGAAAUCGACGCCAAUCUCAAGACCAACUUCAACGUGCGCGUGUGUCGGCGGUGCAUGCGCGAGAAGCCGGACAAGUACGCGCUUUUGACCAAGACCGAGUGCCGCGAGGACUACCUCCUCACGGAGCCCGAGCUCCAGGACACGGGGCUCUUGCGGCGCAUCGAGAAGCCGAACCCGCACGGCUUUCUGCGCAUGCAGCUUUUCCUCCGGCUCCAGGUGGAGGAGUACGCGUGGAAGAAGUGGGGGUCUGCGGAGGGCUUGGACGCCGAGUGGGAGCGGCGGGAGAAGGCCCGCUUGGACCGCCGCGAGAAGCGCUACCAGGCCAAGAUGCGGGAGAUGAGGAAGAAGACGCGUGCCGAGGAGUACACGCGCAAGCUCCGCAACGGGCAGGGCUUGGGCGACCGGCACACGCACGACUGGUCGGCGCCGCUCGCGGUUGGCGGGAACGACCGCCUCGUGCGGCGCCGGUGUGUUGACUGUGGCAUCGAGACCGAGGAGAUCAUCAUCUGA